AUGGGAGAAAUAGUCAUGAACAUCUAUUAUGAGUUCAAGCUCAGACAAGUAUUCCACGAGGCAGCUGAUAACAGAGACGAUGUGAUUCCAGAUGCUUAGACUUGGAAUUACCUUAUUGCUCUAAUGCUUAGAAAGAGGCUGGCUUCUUUAAAGGAUACGGAACAGCUUGAAAAGUACAGACCCUCUUUCCCUUUGGACUUUGAUACUUUCAUUUAAACAAUAACCCAAGCAUUUGGUGAUUUCACACUCAAGAGACUUGAAGUGGCCAUUGAUGACAGCAAGGAAUAGCUAGAGAACUGCAGGACUCUAAUCAACAUGAUGAACAUUAAGUUCCUUUCCAAGGAUGAAUUGUAUCAACUGGCAAACAUUAUCUAUCAAUGCAAUAAAAAGUCUCAAGAUGCUGAGAAAUCACUUGGCAAAAUCUUAAAAGACAUUCAUGGUUACUCGGAGGAUGUGUUUGGCUUUGUGUGGGACAAGAUCUAUGGUCAGUCUGACUACACUCAAAUCAAACUACCACACACAUACAUUAAACAAGAAAAGGCAGCAUUAGAAAAGGAGUUUAUACAAAGACGAGUGAGGAAUGUCCACUAUCGUAAGUAAGCCAUUAAGGUCUUGAAGAUCUAUGAGACCGGCAUCAUCAAAGAGAUUGCUUAUUGUGCUGAUAAAGACUUCCCAGUUGAAAAUUAUAAGAUACCAAAAGAGUUCCCCUUCUUUGAAGAGCUGUCAUAGUUCUUCAAUUAGAUAGGAGCAACAAAGGAGCUCUUGUUUUCAAAGUAUUUGCCAAGCUACCUUGGAUUUGAUGAUCUGUCAGACGACAACUACAACCAGUACUUCUUUGAAAUCAAGAAAGGAAGGAAGCUGAAGAAACUGCUGAAUGAGACUGGGAGAACUUUGAUGGGAUUUGAGCCUUUGUUUAAGUACUGGGCCAAAGAGUUGCUAUAUGCUUUCAGAGAUUUAACUUAUAGAAGUACGUAUAAUCUAGCAGAGGACAUCACUCUUAAGAAUAUUUUUGUUAGUGAUGUGGGUAUCAAGCUAUAUCUGAAAAAGAUAAAGUUCGGUGACUAAAGAGAUGACACUAUUGACUAUCAUUUGCAAAUUGAAUCACAACACCUGAAGAUAUAUGCUAAGUUGCUAGUUGAAAUGCUAACCAAUAGAGAGGACUACUAGGAAUUCGACAACUUGGAUAUUGACCCAGAACUCAAAUGCAUUCUAUAUGAGUGCUAUCAUGCCAAAGAAAAGACCGAUAUCAGAGAAUAGGACAGAUAUGAAAAUGAGAUAAACAGGUUCAUUUAGAAAGAACAAGAAAAAUCGUACAAAUAAGAAAAGCUUAAUAAAGAUAGAGAAGAAUUUACUAUAAAAGCAGAAAAAGAGAAAUAGCUGUAAGAGUAAGAAGAAGAAAUGAAAGCUUCCUUGGCAAAGGCAGUACAGAGGACCAUCAAGCGUAAACCAGAUAUCCCAGUUGCAAAUAAGCGUAACUUCGAGGACGAAAACAUUAGGAUGGGUGUUCAAAACGAGCUAGACCUGCUAAUGGGAGAAACUUAGGACAAAAAAGACAUGGCUAGAACAAAGAAGGAUAAAGGACUCAUUUAGUACACUUAGACGAAGGGAGAAGUAAAGAAGUAAAAGCAAGAAAGAUACCUGACUAUUUAGGGUCUUCUAAAUCACCCAUACUUUAUUUCCAUUAAUGAGGCGGAUAUUGCUAUAAUCAUUGAUGAAUUUGAGAAAUUGCUAUAACCUUAAUGA